CUUUUGCCCCCCGCCAGAGCUGACGAGGUGUCCAGGCGGCCGGGGUGCCGCCUUGGUCCUGCGCCAUGGAGGCCGGCCGGGACUCGUCCCUCUUCCUGGUGAGGAUUCUGGAGGAGCUGGACAGCAAGCCCGACGCGGCGUCCUGCCAGGACCUGUGCCGCACGCUGUGCGCCCGCCUGGACCUGGCGCAGCUGGGCCGGCUGCGGCGAGCCCUGUUCUACACGGCCUGUCUGGACCCGCACUUCCCCGCCUCGCUCUUCAAGGACAAGGCGAAGGGCGCCGCCGGUGACCAGCAGUCCCAGAAGAUCAUGGUGGCGGCUGACAUCGUGACCAUGCUCAACCUGAUCCAGAUGAGCGGCGGCGCCACCACAGAGAGGCCGCCCGCGGGCCGGCAGCGAGGCUCCCAGCGGGAGGCCGCCUGCCCCUCCUGCCGGCCAGCUGGGCGCUGCGAGGCCCCGGGCUGCGGGCUGGGCGAGCGGCCCUUCAGCCGGGGCUGCCCCGCUCAGCCGGCCGCGCGAGGCCAGGACUGCCCGCGAUUCGAGCCCGCCUCCCCGCCCAGCUUCCUGCUGGAGCCCCAGGGCCGCGCAGCCUCGCUGGACCGGCUGCAGGCGCGCCCCUACAGCGCGGCCGGCCCCCCGUCCUGUGAGAUGCAGCGGACCUGCUUCCCCACGCGCCUGGAGAGCGAGCCCUUGCCCGAGCAGGCCCGGGCCCCCAGGGAGGCCCUCCUCCCCGGCCACGAGCCCUUCCCGGCCCAGCCCUGUGUCCAGAAGAGGGACGUCUUCAGAGAGGACUUCCGCGGCCUGCUGCCAGCGUCCCCUGGGGGGGCUGGCCCCGCUGGCAAGGCAGAGGCCACCCGGGGGGACCCCCGGGCUCGGAAGGACUCACACAAGGUCCCCUUCUUCAACCACAGCUUUGAGAUGCCCCCUCACGGCGCGGCCCUGCAUCCCGCCUGCUCCCCGGAUCCGAGGCGGGCGAAGCACGAGAGCCUGGGCGACCUGCAGGCCUCCACCUACUUUGGGCCCGCGCCCGGCCCUGGGGCCCAGGAGGCCAGGCGCUGCCUGGGGAGGCCAGGCAGGCAGACCCCCUGGCCGGCCAAGAGCUGGAGCCUCAACACUGAAGAAGCCCCUGACUUUGAACGGUCCUUUCUUGCCAGGAGCCCCUCAGAGGAGAGGCUGCGGUUCCCAAGCCCCAGCCGCCAGGCCCCUGGGGCCCCAGCUGCGGAGAGGUGCCCCGCUUACCUGGGCCCUGGGGAGCCGCCGCCCGCCCUCCCAGGUGGCUACGUUGCAGAAGCAAAUGGGCAUAAGUCCAGGGCGCUGUCGCCGCCCGUGGACCUGCAGGCGCGGGAGCCGGCACGGACGCUCAGGGCCAGGAGCGCGGGCGGCGCGGGCGGGCAGGCCGGCUCGGACACCAGCAGCGUGGGCACCCAGACCGAGCAGCGCGCGCCGGAGCCCCAGGAGGGCCGCGACCCGCGCGCCCUGGGCCAGGCCGGGCCGGGCGGGAGGCGGUCGGCCGGCGGCUCGGAGGCGGCCAGCGAGGACAUCAGCGACAUCUUCCGGUUCCUGGACGAGGUGAGCGUGGGCGGCUCCACCGGGCCGGGCCCGUCCUCCUGCUGCAACAGCACCGCGUCCUUGUCGCAGCUGCCCCGCUCCGACUGCGACAGCUCUCCCGAGGGCAGCCCCGCGCGCGCCCGCAGCGGCCCCCCCGGCGGCAGGGGGAGCGAGGGCCGGCGGCCGGAGGAGGAGCUGCGGACCAGCGUGUGCAGGCUGCUGCUCAGGGUCGGCGAGGUGGAGCGGAAGCUGGAGUCGCUCUCGGGGGUCCGCGAUGAGCUGUCCCGGGUCCUGGGCAGACUGAGCAGUCUGGACCAGAGGCUGCAGCGGCCCGAGAAGGCCAGUGUGCAGACGGACCUGGACUCCCUGACCAGCGAGGCCCCGUCGGACGAAAGUGUCUCCCCAAGCGGGUUCCGGGCUUGCAGUGCCGCCCGUGGGCCCGCGCCGGACAGCAGCGGGGACUGGUGCUGCUCGGAUGCCAGUGGGAGCCUCCACGGCGAGGCCCUGAAGCGGGGCCUGUCCGGCCGCCCCUGCCCCAGGGCCCUGGCCGAGGCCAGCAGCACCCCCACAUGCAGAGGCGCCGGCAGCUGCCGCCCACCCCGGGGCUGGCGCAGUGCCCCCCACGCUGGCCGCGAGGGCCCUGGAGAGGAGGCCCAGGGCAGAGCCCCCAGGGAGGGCAAGGACUGGCCGCGCAAGUCCAAGGAGGUAGGCAGGCAGCUCCGGCCGCCCCGGCCACCCCGGGACGGCUUCCUGGUGGAGCAGGUGUUCAGCCCGCAGCCGCACCCCACCCCGCUGAAGGCGCACCUCAAGAGUAGCCCCCUGUACACAGACAUGCGGCUAACCGAGCUGGCCGAGGUGAAGCGAGGCCAGCCCCCCUGGACUGCUGAAGAGCACGCCCGGAACGCCGGCGACAAGGGCAAGCUGCCCCCCAUGGACCUGCAGUCGCCGGAAUCUUUAAACCCCAACAACCUGGAGUACUGGGUGGAGGACGCCUACGCGCCCGGCUACGACUCGCUGCUCAAGCGCAAGGAGGCCGAGUUCCGGCGCGCCAGGGUCUGCAAGAUGGCGGCCCUGGUGGCGGCGGCUGCCUGCACGGUCAUCCUGGUCAUCGUCGUGCCCAUCUGCACCAUGAAGUCCUGAGCCCCGUGCGCGGCCCGGUGGCGGUGGAGUCCCAGGAGCACCCGGCCCCCCAGCCCCCGGCUCCCCACAGAGAAAACGGCCAGACCUUAGGGCAGGAGCCUGGUGGGCCGCGAGUGCAGUGGCGGGGCCAGGUGGGGGUGCGGGUGCGAGGGACCUGGACUCCCCUCCAGCCUGGGGGCAGGUCCUGCGCCCUCAGUGCGCUCUGUGGGGAGACCCUCCUACGUGCUGGCUCGGCGGGGCCUCGGUGCUCACAGGCGGAGCGUCUGCAACUUGUGCCUUGAGGGGCGCCGGGCAGCCCGGCCUCUGGCUGGAGCCUGCGGGCGCCCAGCUCCCCACACCUGGCCUCUCAGCAGCGCAAAAAAUAGGGAAACAGCCUCCGUCAACCGUUGAUCUGCUACAAGGUCUGUCCAGAUGUGGCAGAGGCCGUGUUCCCCCGUGGGCAGCCCCACCGGGACGUGCCCGCAGCGGCUGGGUGGCUCUGGCUCCGCACGACUCUGGUGCCUGGUACAGGCGCCGCGGGCCUCGGCUCACAGCAUACCUUCCCGCAGGAAAGGUUUCUGGGGAGCACCUCAGUUUUUAAAGCAAUAGGGGCGCAGCCCCCCUCCUCCCAGCCUGCCAAGCAGCGGCAGAUGGCGCUGCUGGAGCUUGUGUCUGUCGGUUGUGUGCGUCCUGCACUUUCAUCCCCAUGGCUGGCCCGCUGGCCGUGGAUGGAGAGCUGAGGACCCGUGUGGGCUGAGGGCGGUGCUGGGGGUGCUUGCUGUCCCCAGGGGCCUGGGAGGGGCCGGGCCUAGACCUGACGGGCUCCCCAGGUCAGCUCUGGGUCCUGUGCCCUGUCUGAGCCCCGCCCCCGCCCCGGGGCCUCCCAUCAGCAGGCAAAGCAGGUGGUUUCCUCCCUCAAGGGGGGCUCAGUCGUACCCUCAGAGCUGCCCUCUGGCCCCUCCCCCCAGAGGUCCCAGCGCUCGCCCUGUCUCUCCACCACCCUGAGGCGGGAUGCCCUGACCCCGGGCCAGAAGCUGGGAGGCCCCUGGCCCCCACUUGCCAGGUGGGGAUGGUCAGACCAGCCCUGCCACUGCCCUUACCUGUGGCCAAGCCUGGGGGUCGAUGCCGAGCCUUUGUCACAUCUGGGGCCAGAGUCUGAGGAGUCUUGUUGCUCCACGGCCAGUGAGCUCCACGGCCAGUGACACGCAGCUUGGGGGGCUGCCGGGCUCCCCCCAGGGUCCGCUUCUGCCGAUGGCCUGAGUUAGGGGCAGGUGGGGGCUUCUGGCGUGGCCUGAGCUUCGGAGGUGGCGCUUGCUGGGGAGCCCUCUCCCACGGGCCCGAGCCAGGGCCUUCUCUCCUGGACCCUGGCGUUUGCCGCGCCCCUACCAUGCGCAGAGGGGUACAGAGCAGGCACGGGCAGCAGGGAAGGCGGCACCUGCCUUGCUGCCUGCACACCUGCCUCUUGCUGUGGCUCUGGGGGCAAGCGUGCCCUCCCCACACCUGCCACCUCGCCCUGCCCCCAUUCUCCACACACAGCGUGCGACCCUGUGCCUGAGCCUGGACCACCACUGCUACCCCCUCCGUCCCGCCCGCAUUUAAGCCUAAGUAGGCGGGUGUCCUUUAAGGGGCUCUCUUGAAACCAGACACCCUCAGCUGGUGGCAUCAGGAUCAUUUCACCUCGACCUGCUCUGAGAAAACCUGGCAGAACAGCAAAACAGUCUCCGGCUCAGGCUUCAGACACUUCUCACCCUCCUUGGGCCUCACGUCAGCCAGGGGCAGGCUCCUGUCGCGAGCGCGUCAGCCCAGGGCUUGAGCCUCAGGC